AAAACAGGAAACCAGUGUUUUAUCACAGCAACAGUGAAGACGUGAACAUCGUCCGUAGACUUUUCACCAAGGUUAAUACAGACGUUUUUAUUCUUAGAUUGAACAAGUGUGAAAAGGAAAAUGGCGAUCGCAGCAAUCUUGGUUCUGUGCAGCUUUGCAGUUAUUACUCAGAGUGAGGUGACUCUGCAGGCGGACGUGCCCUAUCUGAGAGUGUCCCUCUCUCACAGGGCUGUCCUGGAGUGCUGCUACAACACCAGUGGGAAGUCAGUGAAACACACCUGGGUCAAGAGUUUUAAAGUUGCCAAGGAAAGCUUCGGUCCGCUUGCUGUGAAUUUUUCAGAACAUGUUUUUGAGGGAUUCAAAACUAAAUCUGGGUGCAGCACCCUGACCCUUCGCUCAGUCCAGUUGAAUGACACUGGGAUGUACCAGUGCUGGCUGAACAGCAGUGACAUCAGGCUCUUCUCUCAUGGCACCUACCUGCAGGUCUUCAGUGAGUGUGUGCACGUCUGUGUGUCAGAGAUGGAGUCAAAGCCGCUGGAGAAGACGCUAAAUCUCAGUGAGAGCACCAAAAACAAGAUCCUGACAGCGGAGGGAGUUUUGCUGUUGCUGUGUGUGCUACUGCCGUCUACCACCCUUCUCUGCAAGUCAAAGAAACUACACGAACUAGAGAAAAAGAAAGCGAGGAAGGAAGAGGACAACAUAUAUCAGGGGCUUAAUCUGGACGAUUGUUGCUCCACAUAUGAUAAGAUCGAACGGUCCAAGGCACACGGCCCAUACCAGGAUGUGUGCAACACCAUGGAGGACGAAGAGGAGAUCCAGCUGGAGCAACCUUGAAGGAAAAGAGAGCGUGAUAGAGAAGAGGAAGGAAGAAAGGGAAUAUGUUGAAACUAUUUUGAGAGCUCAAGUUCAAGCAUGACAUUCUUUAUCACGCAUAUUGAACGUUCUGGUUUUUUUAUACAUUGCCUGCAGAUAGACUUUUAGCAUCAAACAACAUAACAUUUAAUCAGCUUCAUUCACUCGAAAUGUAAAGUUAAUGUUAAUGUUAAUAAACAGAGACAAGAGUUGCUAAUGUAAGAUUUUCAUGUAGCACAUGACCUUCCGCAGCAGAUGGAGUUGUCCAAAGUCAGAGUAUGAGGCGACAAGUCAGUCAGUGGGCAACUUUUGCAAAUGUGAUGGUUUCGAAAGCUCCAGAGCACAUUUGUGAUAUUUUUUGCUAUCAAUUCCUGUAAUGUUCAUUAAAAAGAUGAUAGACCCAGUACAAAGUCGUUAUAUCGCUCUUGCAUUUUACUCAUGACUUCUUGGUGUGACACAAUAUAUAUUUGCUUUUUGCCAUUCCUGUCAGUGCUCAAAGAAUAAAAUUGUAUUUUAUUAAA